UCUAGCUUCGUCUCCGAACCUCACUUCUUACCGUUGCUCCGAACCAUAUUUCAAAUUCCCAAACCUCUUCUUACCGUUCAAACCCCCUUCCCACCCAUCUCCGCCUUCCAUUCUAACCCAUUCUCUUUAGACAUUCCUCUCCCCCCUCUGUCGUCUGAAGGGAGAAGAAGAAACACAAAAAUGGUGUCCAGAAUCAUCAAGAAAACCCCAACAAAAUCUAUCAAAGACUGCCGGAGCCGUCGCCGGAAGAGGUCGCCCCUCAAGAACAAUGUCGCCGCCGCCUCUUCUCUUGUCAUUGCGUCCAUAAACAAAUCGAUCUUCACCUGCCAUCGACGCCUUAUCAAAAUCUUCUCCAAACUAACCCGAAUCAGCAACACCCCCAACCGGAGAAAGGGAUACCAAAUCUUGAAGAAGAAGGCAGAAGAAGACGCCAGCGACGGCCCCCGGAAGACCCUCGUCUUCGGCAACCACCUCCCGCCGCUGGAGUUGCCAGAGAAGCGGACGAUCUUUCUCGAUCUGGAUGAGACCCUGGUGCACUCCCAGUCGGGUUUGCCCCCCAAGAAGUACGACUUCAUUGUACGGCCGACCAUCGACGGGGAAGUAAUGAACUUUUACGUUUUGAAGCGGCCGGGGGUCGACGAGUUGUUGGAAAAACUGGGAGAGAAGUUCGAGAUCGUGGUGUUCACCGCAGGAUUGAGAGAGUAUGCUUCGCUUGUGCUGGAUAGGCUUGACAAGAAGGGGAUGAUUUCUCACCGAUUGUACCGUGAUUCAUGCAAGGAAAUUGAUGGGAAGUUUGUGAAGGACUUGUCUGAUUUGGGUAGGGAUUUGAAGCGGGUGGUGAUUGUGGAUGAUAACCCCAAUGCCUACUUUCUUCAACCCGAAAACGCCAUUCCUAUGCCUCCCUUUAUCGAUGAUCUUGCUGAUGGAGAGCUGGAAAAUUUGAUCGAGUUUUUUGAAGGAUGUGAUUCCUUUAAAGAUAUGAGGGAUGCAGUCAAGCACUAUCAAGCAAAGGGAUCAUACAAGCAGUCGGAUAUUUGAUGAGAUGAAGAAGUUGUUUUCCUUUUUUAAAAAUUUAUUUCCUUGUCCUGGCAAUUAAUUGAAUUGAACAUCAGUGUUCAAUUCUAAAGGGGAAAGAACAGGUUAGGAAAUAAUGUACGAUUUGCUUAUUUCCAAUCCGAUUCAAGUGUACCAAUGAUUAAACAAUUACAUGGAAUCUAUGAUCGGAAUUUAUAAAUUCAUGG